AUGGCUAACAAAGAAAAAGAAGAUCAAGCUCCAUUUUCUCCAACAAAUCCGUCUCCAUCAUCAUUCCCUUCAGAAAACCAAAACCCUCUUGAAGGAAUGGGUUCUGGCCAAAAAAAUGUUGAUCAGCUUGGUUUGGAGAUGGAGAACAACAACUCCUCAUCUGCUUCAAUGUCCCAUAGCCCUGCUUCUGUAACCCCCAAGACAGUGAAGCGUUUUGUGCCUAAGAGGUCGGUAAUCUGUCGUUCGACGACUUCUCGUUGGAGACAGAUGCAUUUUGAAACUUUGUCACAAAACUUCAAGCCGAUUCCUUUUACUCCCAAAAGGGAGACUUUAGAAAUGGCUUCGAAACACAAAAGUUUCCUCACUCAUUUAGGCCUGUGGGACUUUCUGAAUCUGAAUUUCGGCCAUGAGAUUCGAACCGACCUCAUUAAAGAACUAGUUGUCUGCUACAACCCUGGAAAGUUCUACAGUAGUGUGCAUGGUAUGCGGAUUACUCUUGGCCCUGCUGCUUUGGCUGAUGCCCUUUGUUUGAGGCCAAGAAGAUUUGUUGAUGGUAAAUUGGAUAAGCAAGAUGGCGUUGUUUUGGUUACUCAAGAUGAGGCUUCUUUUCUUGAAGAACUUAUCAGUAAGGUUUUGAUUUUGAACGAUGAAGAUUGUGGGGUUUCUAACGAGGAUUGCGUACCCAAGUUUAGUGGGUCCCCGAAAGCCAUCAGGUUUCAGGAUACAUAUUGGGCUGGGAUGAUUUGGGGCAUGGUGAAGAAAGAAUUGUCCAAAGGGAAAACUUUAGGUAACUGUUACUAUGCGUCUCACUUGCAGCUUUUGCUAAUGCACCAGAAGCCUCAGUUGUUUGAGAUGCAAGAGGAGGAGAAUACAGUGGAUAAAUGUUUCAAGAGGAGGAGGAAUUUUUUUGAGAGGUUCACGGAAGAGAAAAAACUAUGUUUUGAAAGUGGAGAUGAAAAAAGAAGAAAGUGUGUUGUUACUGACAGUGAAAUGGAUUGCCCAGCAGUGGAUUCGGCGUGUUAUGGCACUUGGAAUGUCUCUGAAGCUCAUAAAGACAUUCAAGAAAUUCAUGAGGAUGGAGUGGGAGUUGAAGGACGAUUGACUGAUUCAGUGACCUAUAAGAUGGAUGAUUUGAGUAGAGCUGAAAUAGAUUGCCAGCCUAGUACCUUGAUCUCAAAGGAAGAACUAGGUGAAACUAAUUUAUAUCCAGGUGAGAUGCUUGCGCAUGCUGUUAAUGGGGAGAUUACUGUUCCACAUGAAAUUUUGGGGCCAGAAACAGAGCAUAGUGCCAUAAAGAAAUUAAGUAUAGAGUGUGGCCAGAGCAAAAAUGAUCUUGUGGUGAAUGAAGAAGCAUGCCAGAGUGAUGCAGUUGAUUCACUUGACAACAGAGAGAAGUUGUUGCCCAACUCACAGGUUUUUCUGAGCGAAAUGAAGCAUGUUAGUGAAAGUGACAUUCCUUCUAAGGCUACAGAUUGUCAGGAGAGGAACACUGAAGAAAAUGUUGAACCAAAAGUGAGUGAUGUGAAUAAUUUUCUAAAUUUAGUAAGUAAAGAGAGUACAGAGGUUACUCUGAAUGCCUCUGAGGGGAGUUCUGGGAGUCAAAUUGUUGAAGAGAGAAGAAAAGAGAAAGUGAUGGAUUUGGACCAAAGGGCUUGGAGAUUGGUGCACUGCAACAGGGAAGAUGUGAUGAAAGUUGAAGAAAAUGCAGCAGGAUGUGUAGCUAACUAUGGUAACUCACAUGAGGUUCAGUGUGAAAGAGAAUAUGAUCCGACUGAAGAUCAGGUCCCUGAAGUAGAAUGCAAAGCCAGUGUUGGUACUUCACUUGAUGAUGCGGUGGAAAAUAAGGCAAAUGGAGCUGCACCAGAAGCCAGUAUUGGAGAUUCACUUGAGCUGCACUGUGAGAAACAAGACGAUAGUAUAGAAGAUAAGGCAAAUGAAGCAGCAUCUGAAGCCAAUAUUGGUGGUUCACUUGAAUUUUGCUGUGAGAAAGAGAACUACAUUCCGGAAGAUAAGGCUAAUGAUGCAGAAUGUGUAGUCGGUGUCAACAACUCCCUUAGGGAGGAAUUGCAGAAUGUACAGAAUCAGCAUGAACUUGAACUUCAAUUUAAGAGAGGAAGUGACUGCAUAGAAGGCAGUUUAACUGAUUCUGGUGGUGAUUUGAUGGAUUCCAAAGAAGUUGCUUUGAACGUUGCUGCUGACUAUAAUGCAAAGGAAUCCACUGUUUCUAUGGACUUGUUAAUGACUAAGGACCGGCCGCAAAGAGAAGGUUCAACUGAUUUGUUUGGUGGGGUAAAUGUCCUGGAUGAGACCACUGAAGCAUUGUCAGAAGCCAACGUUGGCAAAUCACUUGAUUUUCACUGCAAGAAAGAGAACUAUGUUCUGGAAGAUAAGACUUAUGUGACAGAUUGGGCAGUCAAUGUUAAUGUUACACUUAGAGAGGAAUUGCAGAAUGUACAGGAUCAGCAUGAACUUGAACUUCAAUUGAAGAGUGUAAGUGACUGCAAAAGAGGCAGUUUAACUGAUUCUGGCGGUCAUGAGAUGGAUUCACAAGAAGUUGCUUUUGCUGCUAGCAAUAGUAUAGAGGAGGUAGAAUCCACUGCUGCUAUGGACAUGUCAAUGACUCAGGAAGCCCCUAAGGAGGGGCUGCAGAGAAAAGUUUCAGCUAAUUUUAUGUCCAGUGGUGUAGAUAUUUCGGAUAGGCAAGAACUGAGCAUUGACCCUGUUAACUUUGGACCGUAUCAUGAAAAGAAUGGAAAGAAGUCUGUUUUGGAGAGUUCAGGCGUGGAGGAUAUGCAUGCAGUUAAUGAGGUAGUUGAUACUUCAGAUGAUCUUUCUGCCAUGGAAAUGGAUCCUGGUCGUAGUAAAUUGAGGUUGAUGCAAUGCGGUAAAGAAGAUGUUAAAUUGAAACUCUUGGUGAACGAGGCAGUAUGUGAUGCACAACCUGGUGAUUUGCUUGACAACAAAGAAAAAGAGUUGCACAAGGUAGAUGUUUCUGAUGAACAUAGCACCGAGUGUGUUGGUAGUUUGAUGGAGGGAGUCAAGAGGGAGGAACCAUGCCAAUACACAGAAAGAAGUGAAGGAAAUCACGAGUCUCUAGCAAGUGGUCUGCAUGAAGUUCUUGCAGCUGGUAUGAAUUACACGCAAGUUGAAUCAACCGCAAUGCCGGGGAAGAAUGAAAGUGGUAAUGUUCCCAAAUCUGAAGGAGUGGCAACAGCCUGUAUGUAUGAGAACAAAGAUCAAGGGGAAUGCCUUAUGUCUGAAGGGUUUGUGUUGCAGCACUUUGCUGAAAGCAACAUUGAGGAAUGCCCAGCCCCUAAAGAAACAGCGCCUGCUCUAGGUACUCUGUGUGGAGAAAAAAACCAACUUGCGGAGAGCAGCCUUUAUCGGUCUGAUGAUGUACAAUUGACUGGCAUGAAAGACAUGAUUCACAACCAGCCAUUCUAUGAAAUUGAUCACUCUUUCAUGGUGCCCCCAAUAUCGAGCUCAAAUGCACCUGUGCAAAAACUGAUCCCAACUUUUCCUGGACAGGCCCUGCAAAACCAGGAUAUCAGUGGAAGUGGAGUUUCUGUGAAACAUUUUGCAUCUGAUAAUGGUCAAUAUGAACAUGGGGCUGAAACCGAAAGGCCGAUUGAUUAUCAUGAGUCGAUGGACCUUGAUUUCAUCUCUGGACAGCUUGAUCUUUGGAUGACAGACCUGAAAAAUGCAGCUCAGAGAAAGGUUAAAGCAACUCAUGAACGUAACGCAAUGCUCCUGAAAAAACUUGAAGAGCAGAGCUUACUAAUUCAACAGCGUGAGACACUGAGGCAGACUGAAGAGGUGCAGAAACAAAAGGAUAACAGUAAGUAUGAGAGGGAACUGCACCUCAUGAAGGAUGUUCUGGAAGGUUAUAGAAAAGCUCUGAAAGAAAACCAGAAAUCGUUUGCAAAAUAUAGGAAGAAAUGUCGAUUGCCUGACCAGUCUCUUUAUAUGGACCAUCCAAAUGGUGGUGGCCGAAUGAUGCUCGUCUCUGACUGGAAAGAGGUUAUGCAGAAACGUCAAGAGGAUGCAAUCGAAGCUAUGGUGAAAAAGUUUGAGGAGGAAUGUAUUGGGAAGCUGGAACAUCACUCUAAACAGAUAGAAGGCCUUGAACUUGCUGUCAUCGGAUUGAAAUCGAAGGAAGCAGAACGAACGACUUCUUCUUCUUACAUUCAUCCAUCCAAUCACCAUUCAAGAGAUUUUUCUUUGAAUCGGCCAUCAGAAAGGAUGGAUUUUGCACAAAGUGAUGAUCCACUUGGUCUGGGAAACUCAUCUGCAUCAUUUUCCCAUAGUCCUGAUUCAAAAUCUCAGGGAAAGGUUUCCAUGGAUCCACUUGAGAUUCGAACUGAUCUCAUCAAAGAGCUAGUGGUUUGCUAUGACCCUGAAUGGCCUAAUUGGAGUAAAGUGUACGGUGCCCAUAUCAAUCUGGGCCCUGCUCCUCUGGCUCAUGCUCUUUCUUUGAGGGCUAGAAGAUAUAAGGUUGUUCCAAAACUGAAUGGCCAAGACUGUAAUGUAGAAAUUUCUCCAGUGCAGGCUUCUUUCCUGGAACAACUCAUUUGGGGUUGCCUGAUUUUGAAAGAUGGAGAUUCUGAAGUUGAUAGUUGUGGUUACAUAGAAAAGUUUUGUGAGCUGGUGAAAGAGGAGCUUUUAUUGAAACACCAGAGGCCUGAUUUGUUUGAAGAGGAAAAUACAGUGGUUAGGAGAGAAGAAUCUCUUGAGAAGCUCCCUGAAAAGAAAGAACUCUGUUCAGAAGAAGAAGCUACGGAGCUGCAGAGUGGUGCUGACUUGGUGGAUGAGAAAUAUGGUGUUGAGCAACAGAUGGAAGAUGAAAAGAGAAGAAACAAUGUAACUAUUGACAGUGGAAUGGAUUGCCAGACAGUGGAUUCGGACAAUGUUACUGGGAAUAUCCUUGAAGCUCCUCCCAUGGACUACUUAAAAGUUGAUGAAGGAUCAACUGAGUUGAUGAUGACCAAUACUAGGAGGAUGUUUGAUUUAAACACAACAUACAUAGAAUAA